AUGGCUGGUCCCCCAACUCCUGUGUCCGCAUGCCCACUCGUUUACUUGGAGAUCCGCGAUGGAGCGAAUGCCAAAGCCUACAACUCUUCUCGCCCAUACAGUGCCUUUACUCUGACGAUCGAGGGUGAAAGGCCCAUCGGAUCAGAAAUGGGAAUUUUGGUUCUUUUGAUACAUAAAGGGAAACAACAAGUGAAGGCUGGGUUCUUCGCUAGCGAGGCAAUACCAGCAUCUCUUGUAACAGUUCCUCCUCAGCCUGUAUCGCAAACACACGAUGCCAUGUUUGACACAAGGCCGCGACUCUCAUCAAUCACUCCGCCGACUCUAUUGCCUCCGAAUCAUUUCCAAGGAACUGGUGCUCCACCUGACUUCUCGUUCACCACCAUGUUGAACGCUCCUUUACAGCCUUCGCCAUUUUCGACUGUCCCGCCCUCUUACAUGGAACAGACACAAAGAGCGCAGUCAAUACAAAUGCAAAACUAUCUUCCAGGGACUCAAAUGCGGCAUACUAGUCCAGUGACGGCACAACUCAACCCAUACCACAUGUUCCUUGAAAGAGACGGCACACACUCACACAUACCUCGCGUUGGGUCGCCUCUGAGGUACUCCUUUAACUCGCCACCGCCUCCGACACAGUCGCCCAUCGGCAGGGCCGACAUGGUGAUGCCUCUGAAUAUGUCCACCACAGGCUCCCAUGCGCGGAGUCUCCCAGUUCGUGAAAGUCCUGAAGUCGGCUCUUUUGAAAGUCGCUCGGAUGUGGAUACCAAGAGCUGUGAUACGCGCGCAGACUUGAUAAAAGACCUUUCGCUAGAACCGUUCCGUCAACAGCCAUUGCACGACCAGGACUUUCGCAAACAGAUGCCUCGACCCAGACAGUUGCCGUUUGAUUCACGCGCAAAGACCGCCGCACCAUAUAAGAAGCCUGAGGUGUUUGCAGACCACCCUCUCAGCUCUAAAUCGGCGAGUGCAUUUGCGAGUGUGAAAGCCAAAGAUGGUAUGUACAAGGACGCCGAAUGUCAGACAACCCUCCCAAAAGGCCCAAAAGUUUCAACUAGCUCCCAUAAGUCCUCAGAAUCAAGGCAAGGAAGCUCGGGCGUGGAGCUCCUACCAUGGGUUAUACUCAGUGACUACAACACGUUGAAGGAUUUGAAUCAAGCAACAACCCCGUUGGUUGAACAGUUCGGACAGGAUGUUGCCAGGGGCGGUGAUGCAGCUUUGCUUGCACAGUUCUAUUCAAAGCAACUAUGGGCAAGACGUAGAGACUUCUGGUAUGAAAAGUUGCAAGUCAUGGCCGGUGGGGAGUGA